CCCGGGUGCACCGGGGGGCGGGGCCUGGGGGCCAAGAUGGAUCUGCUGCAGGUCUUGAAGCGCGGGCUGCAGCAGGUCAGUGGGCACGGCGGCCUCCGCGGCUAUCUACGGGCUUUCUUCAGGACAAAUGAUGUGAAGAUCGGAACGUUGGUGGGAGAGGACAAAUAUGGCAACAAAUACUAUGAGGACAACAAGCAAUUUUUUGGCCGUCACCGAUGGGUUAUGUACACCACAGAAAUGAACGGCAAGAACACAUUCUGGGAUGUGGAUGGAAGCAUGGUGCCGCCCGAGUGGCAUCGCUGGCUUCACAGUAUGACUGACGACCCUCCAACAACCAAGCCCCCCACGGACCGAAAGUUCAUUUGGAAGACACAUCAGUUCAACGUGAGCGGCACUCCACAGCAGUACGUACCGUACUCCACCACUAGAAGGAAGGUUCAGGCGUGGGUCCCACCUUCUACACCUUACAAGUGAAGA